GGACUAACACAGAGAAAACACGACCCACAAUGCUGUUUUAAGCCAGCAGCUCUUCGACCUGGAGGAAAGACAGGGCCUUGGCUCCAGUCAAGGACCAGAGCACCGCCUCUUCCCUAGCCACCCUAAGGGUUGUGACCAAGCUAGGAUUACAUCCAUCAAAGACAGAUCUAUUCCUAUGCUUCCAUAUGGUCCAAACACCUAGGAUUACUAGAGAAUUGAAACCCUUCCUCAGAAGAUCAGAUGUUCGAGAGCUGCUAGUCUUCCACCAUGACUUGAAGGAAUCCUCGUGAGCUGGACACAGCUCCUGCUGUCCCACUGAACUAAGGAAAUCAAACCAAAACUGCUUGGCAAAAACACAUUUGACCAACAAGUGAUUUAUAGUUUCAGCCUCUUGGUCGCACAAGGGGCAGUGCUCUGGCCGGUCUAGCCCUCUUUUUCUAAGCCUGUCAGCUGUCCAGCACCUAUUAUGCUCCACAAGCCAAAUAAAGAACUUGCACUUCCUAGGAGCCCAAGAUUUCCACACUCGUUCUGCUGGUUCAAACUGAACUGAACCAUGGAAGAGAGCUUUAUAAGCAGAAUUAGCUGUAUAAUCUCCUGAAGCACUGAAUUUCCAUAUUUGUCGAUCCCUUACUCCAUGCUGAAGAACAACUGCCUCAAGCAUUUCACAAAGUUCUAGGAAUUCAGCAAUGAUUCUGAGUGAAAUUGCCCCUUUUAUAUCGGAGAUCCAAUGGAGAUUAGGGAGAGCAUCUUUGACCAACCGUUUGUUGGCAAGACGCAUGGGCACCAUGUCAAACAUUGCAGGAGCUAUGUCCCUAAUACAUCUCCCAUCCAACCAUCUGUCCUUCCAAAAAAGGGUAUUGGCUCCAUCACUGAGCUUAGUAGUAACGACUACAACAAUCAGAUUUUGUACCACCUUACAGACGUGUGGGGAAGUCCGUCCAAGGCCUACUGGGAUCUGUUUUCUGCAGCCAUGGCCAACGAGCCCCCAAAACCCAACCGAGGUUCUUUAAAUCACUAAUCCCAAGACCAGUAGACCACCCAGCUCCUUGGGACGGGUAACCUUAGGCCAAGCCAGGAGGCAAUGACCACCACAGAACUCUUUCCUGUCCCUCCAGAGGAAGCCCUUCCUCUGUUUAUCAAUUGCUUUGAUGGCCCAGACAGGAAGGUCAAGUGCCAAAGCUGCAUAAAUCAUCUUUGCCGUCAUGACGAACUGCACAUGAAUAGCUCUACCAGCCUUGGUCAUGAGCUCAGCUUUCCAUCCUGGCAGAAGGCUGGCCACCCUAUCAACAACGGCCUAGACCUGGUCCCUUGUGAGUUUCUUGGGAGACAAAGGCAAACCGAGGUACUUACAGGGAAAAUCUGAAAUAUUACAUGGCAGCAAGUCAUGUAAGCAAUUCACCUCUUACCCACAACAGAUAGGGAACCCACUACUCUUCUGGAUAUUAGUCCUUAGACCUGAAGCUGAACCAAAAAGAUGAAGAAUAUACAUAACCACACUAAUGUCCGAGGCAGUAGGGCUUAGAAAUAACACUGCGUCAUCUGCGUACAGCGAGAUAUAGUGCUGCAUAUUCCUUGUAGAGAGAGGUUGAAGAAGCCCUUCCUCAGAGGCUCGCUGCACGAGCUGAUUCAAGACAUCCAUUACAAGAAUAAACAACAUAGGUGAUAGAGGAUCACUCUGCCUCAGACCUCGUUGAUGCCCAAUACAUUCCCCGGGUAGACCAUUCAGUAAAAUCUUGGUAGAAGAGGUAGCUAACAGCCUGCUUAUUAUAUCACACCAGAUCUGUCCAAAACCAAGUUUUUUCAAGACCUCGAUAAGGAAGGCCCACGAUACCGAGUCGAAAGCCUUUGAAAUGUCUAGCUUGAGAAGGAUACGAGCCUGCUUCUAACAAUGUAAGAAUCUGGUUGUCCACUGGACUAGCAUGAAGUUGUCAAGAAUAAAUCGUUUCGAUCAAAUCUAUCGAUAAGCUACGACAGGGGUUUCUUUGGAAAGGAAGGAAAGAAGUGAAUGGGAGCAGCUAUUUAGUGUCAUGGGACAAAGUUACUAGGCCGCUAACAUUUGGAGGCCUGGGUAUCCCAAACCUGCAAUAUAUGAGUUGGUCGCUACAAACGAAAUGGUUAUGGCUGCAGAAAAUAGACCCGAAUAGGCUUUGGAGUGGACUGGAUCUUCCCAUCCAACCUCAGGUUCAACAGCUAUUUGCUAGCUCGGUUGUCUCCUUUGUGGGAAACGGAAACAACAUGCUGUUCUUGUCUGAUAGAUGGCUGAAUGGCUGCUGUAUUCAGGACAUUGCUCCUGAGGUGGCUGCUAAAGUUGAUAAGAAGACCCUUUCCUCUAGAACAGUGGCACAAGGUCUUGACAACAGAUUGUGGGUGAGGGCAAUUAUUUCCCCCUUUCUUUACUAGGGAUGCAACAAUACCUUCUUCUCUGUGAUUCUUUGGGAGAGGUUGUGUUGACCCAGGAUGAUGAGCGGCAUGUGUGGAAAUACGAGACUUCUAGUCGGUUUUCAUCUAAAUCCUGCUACAAGGAUCCAUCCCUUUUGAGCCAUGGAAGAGGCUAUGGAAAAGUCGGGCCCCUCCUAAAUGUAAGACCUUUCUAUGGCGGCUAUGAGGAAUAAAUGUUGGACAUCUGAUACUUUGGCAAAAAGAGGCCUCCCACAUCCGGAAGCAUGCCCUCUUUGUGACCAGGAGCAAGAAACAGUUCAACAUCUCUUGACUACGUGUGUCUUUGCUCGGCAAUUUUGGUACAACCACCUAUCUCCUUUCGGUCUUGGUCACCUCUCCCCUGGGGUAAAGGAUAUCGCUUUUGCUGACCGGUGGAAAAGAGUUUGCAACCGAAUGCAUAAAGACAAGAAGAAAGGCUUUAAUAGUGCCAUUAUUCUAGGUGCUUGGUGUUUAUGGCUGCAACGUAACCGGGUGGUUUUUGAGGGUGAUUCUCCCUCCAUCGGCAAGGUGCAGAGAAGUUUCUUAGAUGAGUUGGCGUGCUGGGUGCUAGCUGGAGCCAAACAUAUUGGAAGCUUGCGCUUAGUCGUAGUCCUCAGUGUGGUCGGAGAAAAUUAUGUAAUGUAAUGAUCAUGUAAUAGUUUCUAAGUGUGUGUGUUCCUUUGGGGAGUCCUGCAUAGCAGGGGUUUACCCCUUCUUGUAAGACCUCUCUUUUGUCUCUCUCAUUUCCUAAAAUGAUGAUCUCAUUAUUAACUAUUCUUGCAAAACCACUCCACAGAACCGCCGUUAACCAUUGGUCGUUCAGGAGGCGUAUUCUCAAAGGACCCAUAUCUACAGCUGUGUUAAUGGGGGCGUGGUUUGGUAAUACACCAAUUUGGCCACUAUUAGUAGAUAAAAUGAUUUCUUUCACUUCACAAUCCCAAAUAAUUCGUUUAGGAGUCAGUACAUAAAGAUUUAAUUUCAUUUCUUCAAUUUGCUCUCCUCUUCUAAGUUUAUAGCUUUCGUGCUAGCUUCAUCGAUGUUCCCCACUAAAUAAAAAGCCUGUUCGGGUAGGCCGUCUAAUUCUCCGGAAAGGAUUAGUUGAAAUCCCCUAAUUGUUUCUGCAAGACCAACAUACUUUCCUGGAGAACCGGUAAAAACUUCUGCCACAAAGAACGGUUGUGAUAAGAACCGCUCGAUUUUUCGUGCUCUUGCUACAGUUAAACGAUCCUCCUCCGAUAAUUCAUCCAAUCCAAGAAUUGCGAUAAUGUCCUGAAGUUCUUUGUAACGUUGUAAAGUUUCCUUAACUCUUUGCGCAGUUUCAUAAUGUUCGUUGCCAACAAUCCGAGGCUGUAACAUAGUUGAGGUUGAAUCUAAAGGAUCCACUGCGGGAUAAAUACCCUUGGAAGCUAAUCCUCUGGAAAGUACGGUAGUAGCGUCCAAAUGUGCAAAUGUUGUGGCAGGAGCAGGGUCGGUCAAAUCGUCUGCAGGUACAUAAACUGCUUGGAUCGAAGUUAUAGAUCCCUUUUUGGUAGAAGUAAUUCUUUCUUGCAAAGAACCCAUUUCUGUACUAAGGGUAGGUUGAUAACCCACUGCGGAAGGCAUUCUGCCUAAUAAGGCGGAUACUUCCGAUCCUGCUUGAACAAAACGAAAGAUAUUAUCGAUGAAUAAAAGCACGUCUUGCUUAUUAACAUCUCGGAAAUAUUCUGCCAUAGUUAGGGCAGUUAAACCAACUCUCAUACGAGCUCCCGGCGGUUCAUUCAUUUGGCCAUAGACUAGAGCUACCUUUGAUUCCUCAAUAUUUUUUUCAUUAAUUACUCCGGAUUCCUUCAUUUCCAUAUAAAGAUCAUUUCCUUCACGAGUCCGUUCCCCUACUCCGCCAAAUACGGAUACGCCUCCAUGAGCUUUAGCAAUGUUAUUGAUUAAUUCCAUGAUGAGUACUGUUUUACCUACUCCUGCCCCCCCAAACAGUCCGAUUUUUCCUCCACGUCGAUAGGGAGCUAAAAGAUCGACCACCUUAAUACCUGUUUCAAAGAUAGAUAAUUUCGUAUCUAACUCGAUAAAGGCAGGCGCAGAUCUAUGAAUAGGAAAUGUUGCACUAGUAUCCACAGGACCCAAAUUGUCAAUAGGCUCCCCAAGAACGUUAAAAAUUCGUCCGAGAGUAGCUCCACCGACUGGAACACUGAGAGGAGUUCCCGUGUCAAUCACUUCCAUUCCUCUCAUCAACCCCUCUGUAGCACUCAUAGCCACAGCUCUAACUCGAUUAUUUCCUAAUAAUUGUUGUACCUCACAAGUCACAUUAAUUUGCUUAUCGGCAGUGUCUCGACUCUUGACUAUCAAAGCAUUAUAAAUAUAAGGCAACUUGCCCGGGGGAAAAGUGAUAUCCAGCACGGGUCCAAUAAUUUGAUCAAUACGCCCUACGCUUUUUUCUUCAAUUGUGGAAAUCCCGGGACGCGAAGUAGUAGGAUUGGUUCUCAUAAUUAUCACAUAAUUUUCAAAAAAAAAGGAAUUUGUCGAAAUUUUUUUUCUUGUUGAAUAAUGCCAAAUCAAAAAAAAUAUCCAAAAAUCCAAAAGUCAAAAGGAAAUGAAUUAGUUAAUUCAAUAAAAAAGAAAAGGGGACUCGCACUUGAUUUCGUUGCCCAAGCGAAUCCCAUUCAAUCGUUUACUUAUGGAAUGAAUCCGUUGGAAAGUUCAAUCCAUUUUUUCAUAUAAAUUUCGCCUUUUGUGAAGGAUCUGUGCCUACUCUACUUUCCUAUCUAGGACUUCGAUAUACAAAAUAUAUACUACUGUGAAGCAUAGAUUGCUGUCAACAGAGAAUUUUCUUAGUAUUUAGGUAUUUAGAUUCAAAAUAUCAAAGGGGAAGAACUUUAAAAAUUGUAAAAUAAAGAUUAGGGUUUGGGUUGCGCUAUAUCUAUCAAAGAGUAUACAAUAAUGAUGGAUUUGGUGAAUCAAAUCCACGGUUUAAUAACGAACCGUGUUAACUUACCAUAACAACAACUCAAUUCCUAUCGAAUUCCUUCCUAUCGAAUUCCUAUAGUAAAAUUCCUAUAGGAUAGAACGUACACAGGGUGUACACAUUAUAUAUGAAUGAAACAUAUUCAUUAACUUAAGCAUACUCCUUUUUUUAUUUAAUGAGUUGAUAUUAAUUAAAUAUCUUUUUUUUUAGAUUUUUGCAAAGGUUUCAUUUACGCCUAAUCCAUAUCGAGUAGACCCUGUCGUUGUGAGAAUUCUUAAUUCAUGAGUUGUAGGGAGGGACUUAUGUCACCACAAACAGAAACUAAAGCAAGUGUUGGAUUUAAAGCUGGUGUUAAGGAUUAUAAAUUGACUUACUACACCCCGGAGUACGAAACCAAGGAUACUGAUAUCUUGGCAGCAUUCCGAGUAACUCCUCAGCUCGGGGUUCCGCCUGAAGAAGCAGGAGCUGCAGUAGCUGCGGAAUCUUCUACUGGUACAUGGACAACUGUUUGGACUGAUGGACUUACCAGUCUUGAUCGUUACAAAGGACGAUGCUAUCACAUCGAGCCCGUUCCUGGGGACCCAGAUCAAUAUAUCUGUUAUGUAGCUUAUCCAUUAGACCUAUUUGAAGAGGGUUCUGUUACUAACAUGUUUACUUCCAUUGUGGGUAACGUAUUUGGUUUCAAAGCCUUACGCGCUCUACGUUUGGAGGAUCUACGAAUUCCCCCUGCUUAUUCAAAAACUUUCCAAGGUCCGCCUCACGGUAUCCAAGUUGAAAGGGAUAAGUUGAACAAGUACGGUCGUCCUUUAUUGGGAUGUACUAUUAAACCAAAAUUGGGAUUAUCCGCAAAAAAUUACGGUAGAGCGUGUUAUGAGUGUCUACGCGGUGGACUUGAUUUUACCAAAGAUGAUGAAAACGUAAACUCACAACCAUUUAUGCGCUGGAGAGACCGUUUUGUCUUUUGUGCCGAAGCAAUUUAUAAAGCACAAGCCGAAACUGGUGAAAUCAAGGGGCAUUACUUGAAUGCGACUGCAGGUACAUGCGAAGAAAUGAUUAAGAGAGCUGUAUUUGCAAGGGAAUUAGGGGUUCCUAUUGUAAUGCAUGACUACUUAACAGGAGGAUUCACCGCAAAUACUACUUUGUCUCAUUAUUGCCGCGACAACGGCCUACUUCUUCACAUUCACCGAGCAAUGCAUGCAGUUAUUGAUAGACAGAAAAAUCAUGGUAUGCAUUUCCGUGUAUUAGCUAAAGCAUUGCGUAUGUCGGGGGGAGAUCAUAUCCACUCCGGUACAGUAGUAGGUAAGUUAGAAGGGGAACGCGAAAUAACUUUAGGUUUUGUUGAUUUAUUGCGCGAUGAUUUUAUUGAAAAAGAUCGUUCUCGCGGUAUCUUUUUCACUCAGGACUGGGUAUCCAUGCCAGGUGUUAUACCGGUGGCUUCUGGGGGUAUUCAUGUUUGGCAUAUGCCAGCUCUGACCGAAAUCUUUGGAGAUGAUUCCGUAUUACAAUUUGGUGGAGGAACUUUAGGACAUCCUUGGGGAAAUGCACCUGGUGCAGCAGCUAAUCGUGUGGCUUUAGAAGCCUGUGUACAAGCUCGUAACGAAGGGCGCGAUCUUGCUCGUGAAGGUAAUGAAAUUAUCAAAGCAGCUUGCAAAUGGAGUGCUGAACUAGCCGCAGCUUGUGAAAUAUGGAAGGAGAUCAAAUUUGAUGGUUUCAAAGCGAUGGAUACCAUAUAAAAUAAAAAAAAGCAAAAUAGAAAGAGAAAAAAUAAGUUAAGAAAUGCAGUAAUUCUUCUUUAUUCCUCUAAUUGAUUGCAAUUCAAUUCGGCUCAAUCUUUUCUAAAAAAAAA